CAGCACUGACGUUAGCUGAGAAAACAAACCUGCCCUUUCUCCCCCAGCUUCCCAGCUUCCCUGAGAAGCCAGGUGAUGAUCUGCAAAAGCAUUGUCUGGCCCUAAGGGCCUGACAGUUAAUGAUUUGUCGCACGGGCCGGGCGGAGGAGCGCGGGGACGCAAGCGAGCAGGCAAGCGAGCGUAGCAGGAGAGCAAGGCAGGGCGCGGGCCGAGUCCGCGCCGUCCUCACAGGCGCCGCCUCCUGUCUUCCGGGCCGGGGCACUUCGCGGGGUUCCGGGCACGCGAGUCUCGUAGGGACCCCAUGGAGGCCGAGUCGCCGGCGAGCGCGGGGGCCACGGAGCCCCAGGCGCUGGGCGCCAUGGGCACGAUCGGCAGCCUACUGAGCAGAAUCCGAGGCAAACUCUUCACCUGGGACAUUUUGAAGACCAUAGCUCUGGGACAGAUGCUGUCCUUGUGUAUAUGUGGCACAGCCAUCACCAGCCAGUAUUUGGCAGAAAAGUACAGAGUGAAUACGCCCAUGCUUCAGAGCUUCAUCAACUACUGCCUGCUGUUCCUGGUUUACACAGUGAUGCUGGCAUUUCAGUCUGGCAGUGAUAACCUCUUAGAGAUUUUGAGAAGAAAAUGGUGGAAAUACACGCUCCUAGGACUUGCUGACGUGGAGGCCAAUUAUCUCAUUGUCAGAGCAUACCAGUACACGACACUGACCAGUGUCCAGCUCCUGGAUUGCUUCGGGAUUCCUGUGUUGAUGGCUCUCUCCUGGUUUAUUCUCCGUGCAAGAUACAAAGUGAUCCACUUCAUUGCCGUGUUUGUCUGCCUGCUGGGUGUAGGGACCAUGGUUGGUGCAGAUAUAUUAGCAGGGAGAGAAGACAAUUCAGGGAGUGAUGUUCUUAUCGGUGACAUCUUGGUCCUGCUUGGGGCUUCCCUGUAUGCUGUGUCUAAUGUGUGCGAAGAGUACAUCGUGAAGAAGCUGAGCAGACAGGAGUUUUUAGGGAUGGUGGGCCUAUUUGGGACAAUCAUCAGUGGCAUACAGCUAUUGAUUGUGGAAUAUAAGGACAUUGCCAGGAUUCACUGGGACUGGAAAAUUGUGCUACUAUUUGUGGCGUUUGCCCUCUGCAUGUUCUGCCUGUACAGCUUCAUGCCAUUAGUGAUUAAGGUCACCAGUGCCACUUCUGUCAACCUGGGCAUCCUGACAGCUGACCUCUACAGCCUUUUCUUUGGCCUUUUUCUGUUUGAGUAUAAGUUUUCAGGCCUCUACAUCCUGUCGUUCACAGUCAUCAUGGUAGGCUUCAUCUUGUACUGCUCCACCCCAACACGCACAGCAGAGCCUGCAGAAAGCAGUGUGCCCCCUGUCACCAGCAUCGGGAUCGACAACUUGGGACUGAAGCUUGAGGAGAGUGGUCUCUCAGAGACCCCUUCUGCCGUCUUGUAGUCUUGAAGUCAGACAAACCACAGAUUCCCAUGUGUCACCAGAGGAGAGCAGAGCCUGUCACUGCCAAGGAUGGACGUACCUGAGGAGACAUCAGCCCCAGAGUGAACACCUUCUGUGUCAGAUUGCAUCCGUGGUUAGAUUUUAGAAAGGAACACUGAGCAAUGGUUCCAAACUAGAAAUACCAAAGUAGAGCAUAUCCAAGUGUAGUGUUUCUGAGUGUUGAUUACUAGUACCUGUCAGUGUCAGAGAGACGCAUGAAGUCCCCUCCAUGGGGUCUCAGAGACACGUGUAGAAAGGGAAGGAAGGAUGGGGGACCUAGCCUCAGGGCUGUUCACAUAGUCUGGAAUGGUUGUGCAGGAAGAUUCCUCUGUUGGAAGCUUCAGGCUUUUGUCUUUUGGGAGCAGUUACUGUCCGUGGGCCUUACAGAAUGUAGACACCCAUGAUGCCUGGUCCCUGAUGGCAUGUGGUGGGGAAGGUGGGUGGGGCAGCAUUUGAGAACUCCCAUGAUAAAAUGGGACUACAUUGAAAGCAGCUAACGAGUGCAAGAAUAGAGGAAUCCUCUCCCGAUUGUGUCCUUUUAUCUUUUAUAACAAAUCUCUCUCCUCCAUCAUCUCUUGCUCCUCAACAGGCACAUUUGCUCCUGUAUUCCAAGUUCCAGAGCAAAUGGCUCCCAAAGCCUGUUACACUGGUCAUCCCUCACCUUCAGCCCCACACCACAGUCCGAAUUCUCCAAAUAAAUCUGCUCAUGUCACAUCUGAGAUGCCCAGGAAUAUUCCCAUUGCCUUCAUUUCACUGAGCCACAGUUUAGAAAAUUAACCUGUGUUGCAAGUUCUCACAGCAAGGUGAAAACUUGGUUACUGUCCUGGCUGAAAAAAACAUAGUAUCAUUGAGAUGAAAACUCCAUGUUAAUCAUUUUCUAGGAUGAAUGAGUGCUGGAGUCCCAACUGUAAGAGGACAGCAUCUUCCUUCUUCCCACAGGUUUACAAUGCUCCAAGGUUUCUGACAAUUCCUCAGUACAGUGUCAACAUGUAGCCUCAGCAUAAUGUCAGCCACCAGAAUGCCACCUUCAGAAAACUAUGUAAAUUUUUUUUUGUAUAAGUAUAAUAAAGAAAUUUGGGGUAAGUGUUCAUAUUAUUAAAAGACUUUAAACUCAUUGAAAUAGAA